AGGCGGCGAGCGGGCGGCGCGUGGCGCUGGUGACGUCGGGCGGCACACAGGUGCCGCUGGAGGCGCGGGCCGUGCGCUUCCUGGAGAACUUCAGCAGCGGGCGGCGCGGCGCCGUGUCGGCCGAGCGCUUGGCUCCAGUGUCAUGUUUUACCUGGCAGCUGCCGUGUCUGAUUUCUACAUCCCUGCCUCAGAGAUGCCCGAGCACAAGAUCCAGUCCUCAGAGGGGGCCCUGCAGAUCACGAUGAAGAUGGUGCCAAAAAUGCUGUCUCCUCUUGUCAAAGAAUGGGCUCCGGAGGCUUUUGUUAUUUCCUUUAAAUUGGAGACGGAUCCCUUGAUCCUGAUCGAUAAGUCACGUCAGGCUCUGGAGAAAUAUCGUCACCAGGUGGUGGUAGCAAAUAUCCUGGAGUCACGGAGAACCUCUGUUAUUAUUGUAACCAAAGACUCACAGACUCCAUUAUCUCUUUCUGAGGAGGAAAUAGCUCAAGGCGUGGAAAUAGAAGAUAAAAUAGUGAGCUAUCUUCAGGGCCAACAUACCUUAUUUAUUGAGAAGAAAAUCUGAUGAGCAGCUCUGGAUGAAGCAAAUUGUACUAGAGAGAAUGGAGUUGGAGCAAUUCUCCGUCCCAGGUGAAUAGAAUAAUAAUCAGUGCAACCCUAUGGAGAACGCUGCCGUCCAAAACUCUGCACUUUUCUACCGCUUGGUAAUAGUUACUAUAGCUUGCUUUAAAAAAAAACAGUAAAGUGCACUGAAAUGAAAGCAUUCCAAAGGAUGGUAUUUGUUCUAGUCUGUAAAGAAGGAAAGGUUAUAUUGUGUUUCUUGUCCCAUGCUCUGGGAGAGGGAGAAAUGGUGCAUAUAAAAUGUUUUCCUGAA